AUGGCAAAUUUGACCAACACGCACCGGAUUGGCGCCCUGGUUCCCGCCACCAACCCGGUGGUCGAGCCCGACUUCUACCGGGUGGUGCCACCGGACAUCACCGUGCAUUUCGAGCGCAUGUGGAAUGGCACGUGGGGAAGUCAGCCGGAAAUUUCCACUGAGACGGGACACCGUCUCAGCAUGACCAGCGCGGAGGCUAACGAAGUCGAAACGGCGCUGUUCGGGUUCGACAUCGGCAAGAUGAACGACGACGUGGCCCGUGGCGCCAGCGCUUUGUCCAACAUCGGUCCCGACGUUUUGGCCUACGCCUGCACCUCCGGCACGUGGCACAAGGGCUACAUGGCCUACGACCGGAUGAUAGCGGGAAUAAUGGAGGAGGCCAGCGGCGUCCAGUCAAUAACCGCAGUGGGUUCCUGCAUCGCCGCCAUGCAGCACAUGGGCAGCCGCAAGCUGAGCAUCGCCGGGCCGUACCGCAACUACCACCUGCGCAACCGGCUGAAGCCGCUGAUGGAAGAGGCCGGUUUCGAGGUGCUGAGCGCCGACGGCGAGCCGUGGUUGCAGGACUCCAUGAACCCCCGCGAGAUCGACGCAGAGCCGCCGCAGACCAUCAUCGACUUCGUACCCACGGUGGCCCAGCAGGAAGCCGACACUAUUUUUCUGCCCGGCACCGCCUGGCGCGCGCUGGACGCGGUUGAAGAACUCGAACAGAAGCUGGGCAAGACGGUCAUCUCGGUCAACCAGGCCACGAUCUGGAUGGCUCUCAGACGGGUGGGCUGGACGAAGCCGAUAGACGGCUACGGCAGCCUGCUGCGAAACCUGGCAUAG